AUGGUUGCCUAUGCUCCAACGACUUGGGGAGGCAUUGCUGGGGUGAUGGAGUUGUGUGCUAGGGAUAAGCUCCUUGAUCGCAUCAUUGCCAAGGGACAUUACCCUGGAUGUGUUGCAGUGCAUAUUGUUCCUCCUAAUCAUCUAGGGUACUUUGGGAGGCCUGACAUACAUAAUCGAGCCUCUGUUAUGGUAAAUAACACUAAGAUAGGUUUUGAUUUGAUUCCAACCCAACAUCAAAUGUUAAUUACCCUCAUUGAUUAG